UAUUGGCUUGAUGCGACAGAUGGUUUGUCGGGUCGUCGGCUGUCGUUUUCUGCUGCUCAGCCGUCUGACAGGUUAUUUGAAGCUUGCAGUCUACUCAGUACGUGGCGAAUUAAAUUUAAAAGUGAAAUAAGCAAAUAUUUAAAAAAGCAUUUAGUACCUGUUUUCUUACUUUUAAAUUUAUGGUCUGAAGUUGAUUAUAUGAUUAGCAAGUUACAAUGUCCAAAAGAAGUCAACCCAGUUGGUCACCACCGGCGAGAAAGGAGAGAAGACCAGUUUUAAAACUUUAUAAUAGUUUGACUAGACAAAAGGAAGAAUUUGUUUGCAAUGGAGGAAAUCGCAUUAAUUGGUACAGCUGUGGACCUACCGUAUACGACGCCUCCCAUAUGGGCCACGCCAGAUCAUACAUAUCUUUUGAUAUAUUGAGGCGAGUGAUGGCCAACUACUUUGGAUACGACAUACUGUAUGUUAUGAACAUCACAGAUAUUGAUGACAAAAUCAUUAAGAGAGCAAGGCAACAUCACUUGUUUGAGAAAUAUGUAGGAGAGAAUAAGAGUCUGAACUGUAUUAUAGAUGAUGCAACAUCGGUUGUAAAUUACUAUGAAACAGUGGUCAAAGAGACUACUGACCCAGAUAAAAAGAAUGCUAUGCAGAAAACUUUAGAUUGCAUUGCAUCAGCUGUGAAGACACUGAAAUCUGCAGUGGAAGGGAAUGAUGAUGCAACCAUCACAAAUGCAAAGACUGAGCUGCUCCAGUCUGCUAAGAGUCCUAUCUCAGAAUGGCUGGACAGCCAGCGCGGGGCAACAGUCACAGACAAUGCUAUAUUCACAGCACUGCCCAGGUACUGGGAGAAUGAGUUCCAUAAAGACAUGAAAGCACUUAAUGUAUUACCACCAGAUGUAUUAACAAGAGUUAGCGAAUAUGUACCACAGAUUGUUAGUUUUAUUGAAAAGAUAAUAGCAAACGGCCUUGCAUAUGAAUCAAAUGGCUCUGUGUAUUUCAGUGUGAAUGAAUUUGAUAGUAAGGAGAAACACCAUUAUGCUAGGCUAGUACCUGAGGCCUAUGGAGAUACUAAGUCUUUACAAGAAGGAGAAGGUGAUCUGUCAGACGACACAAGUGAAAAGCGUUCCCCAAACGACUUCGCUCUGUGGAAGGCGAGCAAGGCGGGCGAGCCGUCGUGGGAGUCGCCGUGGGGCGCGGGCCGGCCCGGCUGGCACAUCGAGUGCUCGGCCAUGGCCGCCGACGUGUUCGGCGACAACCUCGACAUACACACCGGCGGCGUCGACCUCAAGUUCCCGCAUCACGAUAAUGAACUUGCUCAGAGUGAGGCCCACUUCGACCGGCCAGGCUGGGUGAACUACUUCCUCCACACUGGUCACCUAACGAUCGCCGGCUGCAAGAUGUCCAAGUCCCUUAAGAACUUCAUCACGAUAUCGGAGGCGUUACAGCGGCAUACAGCGAGACAGCUGCGCAUCGGCUUCCUCAUGCACGGCUGGAAGGAAACCCUGGACUACUCAGACAACACCAUGGACAUGGCGAUACAGACCGAGAAAAUGUUCAAUGAGUUUUUCCUGACCGUGAAGGAUGCGUUACGCAGUGGUUACGAUGAAGGCUGCGGCGGUGUCUGGGAUGCCGAAGAACAACAGCUGUCCGCUAAACUUACGUCCGUGAAGGAACAAGUGCAUGCCGCUCUCUGUGAUAACAUCGACACCCGCAGCGCCCUGGACGCGCUCCGCGAGCUGGUGGGCGCGGCCCACGUGUACCUGCGCCGCACGCAGCCGCGCAGCUCGCCGCUGCUGGCCGCCGCCGCCAGAUACGUUACCGAUAUCCUGCAUAUAUUCGGCGCCAUUGAAGGGCCUCGUGGAGGGAUAGGAUUCCCCGUUGCUGAUGCUAAUAGUGCCGGCUUAGAAGAGACUGUGAUGCCGUACCUGGAGGCUCUGAGCGCGUUCCGGCUGCGCGUGCGCACGGCGGCGCGCGAGGCGGCCGCGCCCGCCGUGCUGGCGCUGUGCGACGCGCUGCGGGACCAGCAGCUGCCCGCGCUCGGCGUCAGGCUCGAGGACAAGCCCGACCGCACGAUAGUAAAACUAGUCAGCAAAGAAGAAUUGAUGAAAGAAAGAGAAGAAAAGAACAGGUUAGAAGCUGAAAAGCAGAAGAAGAAGUUAGAGUUACUAGAAGCGCAGCGCGCUAAAGAGGAGCAAAAGAAAAUACCACCCAGUGAGAUGUUCAAACGGGAGGCCGACAAGUAUUCCAAGUUCGACGAUAAGGGCUUGCCAACACACGACCACGAAGGCAAAGAGCUCAGCAAGGGCCUCGUGAAGAAGCUACAGAAGUUGCAACAGGCUCAAGAGAAGAAAUACAACGAGUACUUAGCCUCUAUUAACACCUGCUGACAAUGUGAUAUUACUUACAACCCAAACAGACCGAUUAAAAAAGGUAGACUGAGACAUAAACAAAAGAAGGAAAAUUGGAGCAGCCUGUACCACGCGUAUAUUAAAAAAAUGGGGAAAUUACAACCCUAUCAAAUUCAUUAUUGAAUUUCUUAAACUUACUGCUUCAACCUGCCUACGGCAUUUUCUCGUCUAUCUUUUUAAUGUCUGUGACAAAUCAUUGCAUUUUUAUCAUAAUAAUUGUAACAUAGCAAGGUUUGGUGUUGUGCCUAAUUCAUACAUUAAAUCGUAGUAUUAUACAUACAUGUCAAUCUAAUUUGUAAUAGAAAUAAUUAUAAACAUUGCUAUUUAACUGUCUUAAUAUUUACUUAAAUAACAUUAAUAAAGCUUAUUUAAACAACAACUUGUUUUAUUAUUGAUUUACAAAUUCGAUUGACACUAACCAUAGGUGUAUUAUGCGCUUAUUUCAAAGUAAAUAUUAUGGUGCAAUAUCGUUUUAAUAGCUCAAAGUAAAUUAACAUUAUGGUAUCAUAAAUUAUAAACCAAAACAUGGAUAUUAUUGUAAGCGUAAGAUUUAAAGUUAAAUUAAAUGUGCUACGAGAAAUGUAAGAGGUAAUUUUUAAUGUUUUGUAUUAAACGCGGAGUAAAGUGAGUAUUAUAUUUAAAUGUAUUUGGAUACUAUACUUUAGAUUAACAAUAUUGGUGUUACCUCAGAAUUUUGUAGAACUCAUUAAGCUAUUGUAAAGAUGGUUACUGAUUUGACUCAUUCACAAACGGUUGAUUACAGGUAAAUAAUGGUUAUACAUAAUUAUACAUUGUUUUAUGAGGGGACACAGCAUAGCAUAGAUUUGUAUGUAUAGAGUAGUUGGCGUAGCUCAAUAUACGUGUGUAGUCGGGUAAAUUAUAUUUAAAGGUCAGUGGUUUAUUCCUAAAUGAUAUUUGUCAUUCGCUUAUCAUCUUAAUGUUUAUGUCUAAAUGAUAUUAUGCUUUAGGCUUUUCGGUUAUCAAAAUCACAAAGAUGUAAUUUCGGCAUUUAGAACUGUGACGCCAAGAAAAUAUCCUUAACAAUAUGAAAUAAAAACAAACUCCGUUCGUUGACAACUAUUUAUUUGUAUGUUACUUCAUGUAUAAAUGUUUUAACCUUUUAUGAUUUGCAAUUGAAUUCAAGGUUUCUUGGCGAAGGAAACAUUAGUAAGACAUUUGUUACUUGCUGUGCAAUCAUGAUACAAUAAAGUAGUUUUUUCUGGAAACUCAGUAUUAGGUAAAUUCUGGAAUUAUUUCCCAAGCUUAUUAUGAUUUCCAUAUGAAAUAAAAGUAUAUAGAUAAAUAUUACAACACUUAUUGUACAUUCUGGAUUACGCAUAUUUCAUUUAGUCCCUAAUAUUAGUAUUUAAAUUCAUCCAUUUGAUGUAACUUUAUACUAUAUUUAUAAAUAAAUAAUAACAACGUC